GCUUGGUCACCUGAGAAGAAGCACUGGUGCUGCACCAAGCAGGGUAAGGGCUGCGAGGGCAAAGCGCCGCCUGCCGUGGAUGCGGGCUAUGGCAUGGUCUGGAAGCACGUGCAGGUGAACGGCUACUGGACCUGGGUGGCCGUGCAUGGCCACGGGCAUUUCAGCCUGCCCUACGACUGCCAUGCCGGCUUGGCCAAUUGGCACACCGGCUGGUCGGCGGGCAAGAAGGGUUGGUGCUGCGCCCAUCAGCAGCUGGGCUGCGGCGGUGGAGGCCAUGUGGUUGUCCACCACGGUGGCCACAGCCCCGCACAUCCUCCUGGCCCUGCUGGUGCCGGAAUGAUGUGGCAGUGGACCACAGCAGGAGGGCAUGGACACUGGAUCCAAAUUCAUGCUUCGGGAAAUCUGCCCUUUGACUGCUUCGCUGGUUUCGCUCGCUGGCGGACGGGCUGGUCCCCAGCCAAGAAGAACUGGUGCUGCCGCCACGUGGGCAACUCCUGCGCGUGA